CACACUUCGGGGAAACUUCCUAGCCGGAGCGGCCGCGGCGGCCAUGGGAGGAGCGCCCGGUCCCGUCAGCCCCUCUCCGCCCUAAGGGCGGGCAGCCCCGCGGCGGAGGGCGGCUGCGGCCGGGACCCCCGCCCCGACCUGUCCCCUCCCCCCCCGCGGGAGGCAUCGCUGGCGGGCGCGCCCGCUCCGCCGGCACCGGGCUCCGCACUGGGAGGAGGAGGAGGUGGAGGUGGAGGUGGCGGCGGCAGGAUGAGAGUGAACGGGAGCGAGCUGAACAGCUCCGUCCUCCCGCGGGACCCGCCGGCCGAGGUCUCCCCGCGCCGCCCGCCCUGGGUGACCUCCACCUUGGCCGCCAUCCUCAUCUUCACCAUCGCGGUGGACCUGCUGGGCAACCUCCUGGUCAUCCUCUCCGUCUACCGCAACAAGAAACUGCGGAACGCGGGAAAUGUGUUUGUUGUAAGCCUGGCAGUUGCAGACUUGGUUGUAGCAAUCUACCCAUAUCCACUGGUCCUCACAUCUGUAUUUCACAACGGAUGGAACCUGGGAUACCUUCACUGCCAGAUUAGUGGCUUCUUGAUGGGCCUAAGUGUCAUUGGAUCAAUCUUCAAUAUUACAGGCAUCGCUAUCAAUCGGUACUGCUAUAUCUGUCACAGUCUCAAAUAUGACAAGCUGUACAGCGACAAGAAUUCAUUGUGCUAUGUUGUUCUUAUCUGGGUCCUAACAUUUGUUGCUAUUGUGCCCAACCUGUUUGUGGGAUCACUACAAUAUGACCCCAGGAUUUACUCAUGUACAUUUGCACAAUCUGUGAGCUCAGCAUAUACAAUAGCAGUUGUGUUUUUCCAUUUCCUGCUUCCCAUAGCCAUAGUUACUUUCUGUUACUUGAGAAUAUGGAUCCUUGUUAUUCAGGUAAGGCGAAGGGUUAAACCAGAUAACAACCCCAGGCUAAAACCACAUGACUUCAGAAACUUUGUAACCAUGUUUGUGGUAUUUGUGCUGUUUGCAGUCUGCUGGGCUCCUUUGAACUUUAUAGGCCUUGCUGUGGCUGUCAACCCAGAAACUGUAAUCCCUAGGAUUCCAGAGUGGUUGUUUGUAUCCAGUUAUUACAUGGCAUAUUUCAACAGCUGCCUUAAUGCUAUCAUAUAUGGACUCCUGAACCAGAACUUCAGAAGAGAAUACAAGAGAAUUAUUGUCACUUUUUGUACAGCAAAAGUUUUUUUCCAGGAUAGUUCUAAUGAUGCGGGAGACAGGAUGAAAAGUAAACCUUCUCCAUUGAUUACCAACAACAAUCAAGUGAAAGUGGACUCUGUCUGAACAUGGUAACCUUAUUGUUGCUCAACAGCAUCCACAUAAAGUAUCUGUUUUAUUAGACCUACUGUUAAAUAUUAAGGUGAAAUAUCUCUUCUACACUGAAAGCAUUUGAUCAAAUUCCUUGCAUGGUAUUUGGGAUCUGAAGUUACAGAGCCAUGACAUACAGAUCCUGUCAUACAAGGGUAUGGCUCUCUUAUAACAACACAGUGAGGGAAUUACAAAAUUAUGCAUGGAUACUUUUUUUUUUCCUUAAAUGGAGACAAAAAACUAGAAGGAGAUUGAAAUGAAAGUAUCCACAUUGCCUGUAUCAAUAAAAGAAAUCACAAAACUAUUCCUACCAAUUUCUGCCUCCUGCUUCUGGCCAGGUUAUGCUCCUGAUUCUCAAACCUCUGAGAACUUCUUUUAAAAGAUUAAAUCAGACCUUUAUGCAAGAUAUUAGGAAAUGUGAGGUGAGAAAUCAAAGUAAUUGAAAAUUCAUUAGGGUUGCUUUGCUCCUAACAUGGACACGAUUGUUCAUAUUUUGGAGAUUAAACCUUGCCAGCCCUCCUAGGAAUGGCAUUCUCAAAUGAGUUCUCAAUUUUAAAAUAGCUUUUAGGAGGAGAAAUAUACGUGACUGAUUAUCUUCAAAGGUACAAGGGCAGGAGGAUAAACAGCAAGGAAAGAAAAGAGCCAUGAUUCAUCAGCUCAAGCCAUUUGGGCAUGAAAACGUGUAGGAGGGUUGGGAAGAGAAAUAUAAACCAUCAUUCUUUCUGAUGAGACAGUAAUUCACAAAAUCACGAUGUGCCCCAGAGGAGUUUCUGGGGAAACACCUCCUAGAAACACAAAUGAGGAAGGACCGUUAUUUCUCACUUGUAGUUCUAAACUUCUGUGAGAAGAAGAUCAAUGCAUUUAAGAGGAACGGUGGGUGAGGAUGACGGUUUUCUCUGGUUAGUGGAAUCUUGACGUCAUGAAACCCUGCAAAAUGAGAAAUAUUUACAGGAUGAGCAUUUAACAUCUUUCUCAACUUGAUCUCCUGAGAAUAGCCUGAGACUUAGGUUAUUUUGUAAUUUGCUACAGAUAAGGUUUUCGAAAUAAUAAUUAGGUGUUUACCACAAUGAUGAACGUAGUGUAAUAACCUAGAACAAUUAGACACCUUUAAAUAAUGGAAAAGAGAAGAUCCUACUUAUGUCCCUGGUACAAGGAGGAACAUGUAACUCUCAGGACAGGACCUGUUAUGUGGACCUUCCACCGACAGCAGGCACCUCUUCAGUGAGGGGAAGCAUACUGUGAAGUGAGGAAGGAUAGCUAGACAGGCUGUCUCCUGCAACAAUGAAUCUCUGUUUAUAAUGAAGUCCUCUGGUGGAGAAAAGCAAUUCACAACAAUAGGAUUCAUCCUUAAAUUGACCUUAAAAAGAAGGAGCAUUUUGUUCUGGAAAGGUGCUCCAACUGUCAUAGCUUUUAAUGCUCAAGUGUUCAUACCUACACUGAUGUUCAAAUACACUUGAGCUUUUCCAAGCCAAUUCCAAUCAUUUCAACUGGACUAAGAGUUUCUGAAGAGCCAUCAGACUUCUGUUAAUCUAUAUUGAAACAUGGACUUUACCUAAACAGUUCCUUUAAAUUAUUACUUGCUGUACUGGAGAUUUUCUUGAGCCUAUAUGUCUUAGAAACCAACAGUCACUCGAUGUCAUAUAAUUCCUUAGACUGCAUACAAAUCUAAGAGCAUUUCAUCUUUGUUGGAUCAUACAUCAAUGUACUCUUGACUUAAUAAUAAACUAAAAGGGAGUAGAUUCAUAUUUACUUGAAACCCCCACUGACACUUUGUCAACUGACCAGUUUCUUUUACCUUAAAAAUAGGUGCCUCAUGUCAAGUUGACAACAGAACUAAUGAACAACAUUGUAAAACCCUGGAGAUGAACUAGCAAGUCAAUGCAUUGCCAAGGUGCUUGACUCAUCUUUGUUUACAUUUGCCAGUCAGAGCCACUGUGUAAAUAACCAGCUCUCUUCUAUUGUGGUAUCGUCAUAUGAUGCAAUAUGCUACAACAUGGCUAACAGCAUAAAGUAUAUCACAGCUUUCUUCACUAUGGUUUCAUCCUUGGAGGAUGCGUAGCUCUGUAAUUUUAUUGCUUUGUGUGUAGUGAUUUCAGAAUAGCAAGGGAGGCACCUUAUAAGAAAAGAAGUUUUUCAUGUAAGAAAAAAACACUAUUUAAAAUCUUACAAAACUUGCCUUAUUUAAAGCAUAUUUUCAAUGAAAAUAAUGUCUUAUAAUGCAUCUAAUAAAGUAGCGUAAAGAUAGUGUAAGUAGCUUAAUCAUUAGUAAAUUUAGAAUUCUCAAAGAUCUUUCACUUGCCAUUUCCAACAGAAAAUGUACAUUUAUCAUGUCUACAUAUUUAUGAGCUGGUUCAAGAUACUGUAUCAAAUAUUGUGGGUUAUCUGAGGAACUAAAGUCCCCUGUAAUUCACAAGUGCUAAAAUAUAUUUUUGAUGAUAAUGAAAAUGGUUUGCUAUAUGCAAUAAAACACAUUAUACCAAAGGUAUAUAUUUUAUUGAAUAGGCCUGUAAUAAAAAUGGAGAGCAUUUUUCAGAUCUGAUAUUUUGAAAUAUUUGUAUUAAAUCUAAAUCACAGAAGUGUGGAUGUUGGUGAUGUUAUGAGCUGCUAAAUAUAGCAAUAAUUUUAAGAAAUUAAUCUCUUGUUCUUCUUUGGGGGAAGGGAAGAGUGUUAGUCUUUAGAAUUUAGUUUAAAUUAAUAUGGAUGAAAAAUUUGGGCAAUAUCUGCUGGCCUCUUCAAAUUAAUUUUGCAUUUACUGACAUUCUGAAGUACAUUUUAGGGAAGGUUUGCAAAACCACUCAUUGCAAAAGUGAAAGAAUAACGAUGUUAAACUCUGCAGUAACUAUUUCUUUUAAUCAGAUUCUAUUGCUUCAAAGGAGUCAAAGUGAUUGAUGUAAGACAAUCAGCAGCCUCGUCAGCUGCUCAUUGACAAUGAACAUGACAAUGUAAGUCAGCACUGCACAUGAUCAGACUCUUUGUGGUCAAUAUAAAAAUGACUGAUGAAAAUAAGCGUGAUUUCUGUCCUUCUAAGGAGAUGGAGUUAGAAACCUAACCAAAAUUAAUUGCUUCUGUGCAGAUGGAUGAGCCAUGACAUGUUUUUUACAUUCCAAGUAAUUAAAUUUUCCCCUGUAUGAAAAGGUAGCAUAGCACAAAUGCAUUAUUUAGAGUUCUAUCCGGAAGUUUUGGAUAGUGUACUUGUCCUAUAGCAGUCAUCAGCCCUGGAUGGAUUUAAUUCUAAAACAUGAGUCUUAGCAGUCUACGACACCUGCAGGGACCCAUCCCUUUCCUACUUCCUAUCCAUUUCUGGUCUGAGCCCCAAUGAAGCCAAAGGACCUCUGUGAAGGAGCAGUGAACCCCUGUAUGCAACACACUGAAGACUUAUAGCCUAGUUGACCCUGACCUUAUCCUACAAGAAUUUCUUUCAUAUAUCACAAUCUUGAAUAUGUUGACAAUCUGAAUAUGAUCUUAUAUCAAUGCAUCUUGAACCCUUACAGAUAGAUAGUCUUAUUGGUGGUCAUCUUCAUUGCAAACUUCACGCUAACAAGAAGUUUAGCAUUAUUUCAUAUUUACCAGCAAAGAGAAUAUUAAUGAAUAUGUUAAUAUCAAUUAACAGGGUAUUUAUUAUAGUUAAACUGUAACUGUAUGCAACAAUGUAAUUUCAUUUGGAACAGCUCACUUAAGAGUGCUUAGCACAUUUUCUUCUUCCACUGGGCUAGUGGAAGUGCAUAGAUAUGAAGCAAAUAUAUGUUAUUUCAAUAGGUAUAAUAUAUAUCAAUGACUUUACUAUUUUUCUUUCUCUUAUUUGUUUUAGAAAGUAAGUCUUUGAAUCAUCCACAAUAAACAUACUAUUGUAAUCAAUCUAUAUUGCAGUGUAUAGCGCAUCCUUCUAUAGUCCAUUAAUAUUGCACUUUUUUCUUCUUUUGGACCACUUUCGAAAUGGUAUCAUGUUAAAACAGAUUUAAUAUGACAUACUGAAGGGAACUGUUAUUUCCCUUAAACUGCACUGAAAGAAAAAUCAUUAAAAAACUCCUUAAAAUAUAAUACACAAGUAUAUAAGUAUAUGUGGUCACCAGAUUUAAAAUAGAAUCUCAGAAACUCUUCUAUUUGAAUAUCUUGUUCAGAAACUGUAGUAAUACAGAUGAACGGUUAUUCUUUAAUUCUUUUCUAAUAACUGCACUUUCUAAGUGUCAUUAAUAUGGUUUACAAAUAAUUAAGAGCUACAAAUGUCUGUCAUCUUGUCACUGAGGCUUGGGAAAUCACAUGUGCUAAAGCCAAAUUUCUUAGAAGAAAAAAUAUUCAAGUAGUGGCCUGGCUUAUAGCCCAUGUACUGUAUCUCCAAUUUUUGCCUGUGUUAAGUAAGAAUUCCAUUAUGUGGUUUUAUG